AUGGACUCAUCAGGAGUAUUUUAUAUUUCCCUGAAUGAUUCAGAAAGGUGCUAUUUAUGCAUUAUUUUAUCAGCGAUUUCUCUUAUAUCGCUUGCUUCAGGAGCUUUUAUUAGUGGAAUCUACACAUAUAACCCUGUUUUGGUAAUUGCCAUGACAUCAGCAGGACUUGCCUCUUUUACACUUUUAUACCUUAUUCUAGGACUUAUUAUCAAAAAAACGAGAUCCAACUCCCUAUUUAUAACGCCAAAAUUAAAAAAAUAUAUUAAAAGGCUAAACUAAUUAGUAAUAAGAGCAAAAAGUCCUUGCUAAUAGGGGAGUAAGACUAAAGUUGUCCAGUUACAAGGUUUUAGAAGCAAAACCAUCUCAUUGAAGACUGGCAUUCAAUUAGCCUUUUAUGGAGGCAUUAGUUUUGGACUCGGCCUAGACUUUAUGUUUUUAGGCUAUUUUUAUGAGCCUCAAGGUAGAGGAGUGAUCUCUUCUAUAGUGACUCUUUAUCUGCUCUUAUAUGUUGUUUAUUCUUGCUAUUUAGGGAACUUGAAAUUAUACUGAACUCAUGCAGUCGCGGCAUUAUUAGCAUUAGCAGGGCUUCUUUUGAUUUUUAUUUAUUCUAUUUUUGACUCCUUAUGACAUGCUUUUUUAUCAGGCUUUAUUGCAAUGCUCUUUAUGUCAGGAGCUGCAGUUUGUGCUUAUUACUCAAAAAAAUCGUCACUGGAAUUACACAUUAUCAACAUUUUAUAUGCUUUUAUGGCCUUUGGAGUGAAUAUAAUAAUCAUACUAGUCAUUAAAUAUAUUUUAGGAGUCAAUCUUUGGACAUCAGAAGAUAACUUAUUCUGGCCCUUUUUUGGAGGAGUGCUGCUUGGAAUUGGAAUUUUCAUAAAUCAGGAUUAUAUUAAAAAGGACGUUUUGCUGGCAAACGCACUUCCUAGUUUAUUCGGCAUGCUUCAGAUACUGAUAGAGUUUCUUUAUUGAAGACUUGCCCCGUUUUUUGUAUAUACUAUAGGAGCUUCUAUUCUGUCUGGAGGAAUGCUAAUAUUUACCUUAGUAUAA